CUUUUGACCGGCUCAUGUGCGUAUCCAUGGUGUUAAUGUAGCUUUGGGGUAAAGAGCUUCCUUCGGGCCUCGACGUCUGUUAACAGUGUGCACGUUCACGACUACGACGCGCGGUCACGUUGUUUUGCUGUCACGCGCCUUAUACGACCGUGAGUGGAAGCUGGUAAAUCACACCACAUUCAGGGCUAGAUUUAGUACGAGACAAACAGGCAGCACUGCAGAUUUCUAUCGCUGCUUGGCAAGUCAGAACCCGCCGAGUUGUUCCGGUCAGCUGGUGAUGUUCUGCUGGAUUUGAAUGCUAUAGCUAGCCAGCUAGCUAGCUAGCUGUUAAACUAGCUUAACGGUCCGAGCGAGUCGAAGAAACCGAACAUAUUUUUUCAGUCGACAUUCAUACUGACACGUUUGUCUGCUUUCAUUUCGAAAACAUCCAGCUAGAAGACGUUUUUAGCCUCAGCGACUUGUUCCUGUAGGUGUUGCGCGUCGCUUCUAGUCCGAAUGAGGUAAGGUUUGAAUGAAAUAACGUUAGCGUGUCAUAGCCAGCGGAAGCGAGCCAGCUAACAAGUAUAACGUUAACUUCUCCUUCUGCUGGACGCCCCUUUCCCGUCCAGUGAAUCUAGCAAAUGCUACUUGGACUAGCCACCCUCAAGCACAGAGUCUGUCGUUGGACAGGGGUUAUUUGCAAAGCUGAGGAACGACUGGACGUGCGAAUUAGCUAGCUCCUUGUGAACGUCAAGUUGGCCAUCUUCCACUUCGCUCAAGUCCAGUGUGAAAAGCUGUCCAACAUCGGCUUGGUUUUCCAGAGAAGGCCGGAGUGAGGACAGGAAUCUGCAAAAAUGCCGGCUGUGUCGAAGGGAGAUGGAAUGCGCGGAUUAGCCGUUUUCAUCUCGGACAUUAGAAACUGUAAGAGCAAGGAGGCUGAAAUCAAACGGAUAAAUAAAGAGCUGGCCAACAUCCGCUCCAAGUUCAAAGGCGACAAAGCCCUGGAUGGUUACAGUAAGAAGAAGUAUGUCUGCAAGCUUCUCUUCAUCUUCCUGCUUGGCCAUGACAUUGAUUUUGGACACAUGGAGGCAGUCAACCUGCUUAGUUCCAACAAGUACACAGAGAAACAGAUCGGUUACCUGUUUAUCUCAGUGUUGGUGAACAGCAACAGUGAGUUGAUCCGUCUGAUCAAUAAUGCUAUCAAGAACGACCUGUCCAGUCGAAACCCUACCUUCAUGUGCCUGGCUCUCCACUGCAUCGCCAACGUAGGCAGCCGGGAGAUGGCUGAGGCCUUUGCCAGUGAGAUCCCACGCAUCUUGGUGGCUGGGGAUACGAUGGACAGUGUUAAGCAGUCGGCUGCUUUGUGUCUGCUGCGCCUCUAUAAAACUUCUCCUGACUUGGUGCUGAUGGGUGAAUGGACAUCACGAGUGGUACACCUGCUCAAUGACCAACACAUGGGUGUUGUGACAGCAGCCAUCUCUCUCAUCACCUGUCUGAGCCAGAAGAAUCCAGAUGAGUUCAAGACGUGUGUUUCUUUGGCUGUGUCCCGACUCAGCCGGAUUGUGUCUUCAGCCUCAACUGAUCUGCAGGAUUAUACUUACUAUUUUGUGCCGGCACCUUGGCUGUCCUGCAAACUGCUCCGUUUGCUGCAGUGUUACCCUCCACCAGAAGAUGGCGCAGUCAAAGGCCGUCUGGUAGAGUGUCUGGAAACGAUCCUGAAUAAGGCCCAGGAGCCUCCCAAAUCCAAAAAGGUUCAGCAUUCCAACGCCAAGAAUGCCAUCUUGUUUGAGGCUAUCUCACUUAUCAUCCACUAUGACAGUGAACCAAACCUUCUGGUGCGAGCCUGUAACCAGCUUGGCCAGUUCCUUCAACACAGAGAGACCAAUCUGCGCUAUCUAGCUCUGGAAAGCAUGUGUACUCUGGCAAGCUCAGAGUUCUCCCACGAAGCAGUCAAGACACACAUCGAGACAGUCAUCAACGCCCUCAAGACUGAGAGAGAUGUGAGUGUUCGACAGCGAGCGGCUGAUCUGCUGUAUGCCAUGUGUGAUCGCAGCAACGCUAAGCAGAUUGUAGCAGAGAUGCUCAGCUACCUGGAGACAGCGGACUAUUCCAUCAGAGAGGAGAUGGUGCUGAAAGUGGCCAUCCUCGCAGAAAAGUAUGCUGUGGAUUACUCCUGGUAUGUAGACACCAUUCUUAACCUCAUCCGGAUUGCUGGGGACUACGUCAGCGAAGAGGUGUGGUACCGUGUCAUUCAGAUCGUGAUCAACCGAGAUGAUGUGCAAGGUUACGCUGCCAAGACCGUCUUUGAGGCCCUGCAAGCCCCAGCAUGCCAUGAGAACAUGGUGAAGGUUGGAGGGUACAUUCUGGGAGAGUUUGGGAAUCUGAUUGCUGGUGACCCACGGUCCAGUCCCCUGGUCCAGUUCAACCUUCUCCACUCCAAGUUCCACCUGUGCUCUGUGCCGACUCGUGCCCUCCUUCUGUCGGCUUACAUCAAAUUUAUUAACCUGUUCCCAGAAACCAAGGCCACCAUCCAAGAGGUGUUGCGCUGCGACAGCCAGAUCCGUAACUCUGAUGUAGAGCUGCAGCAGCGAGCUGUCGAGUAUUUGAAGCUCUCUUCCAUUGCCAGCACAGAUGUCUUGGCUACUGUUUUGGAGGAGAUGCCCCCAUUCCCAGAGAGGGAGUCAUCAAUUCUUGCUAAACUGAAGAAGAAGAAGGGGCCAGGGGCCGUAUCUGUGGCAGAGCUGGAAGACGGCAAAAGGGAGAGCGGCGAGUUGAAUGGAGGGGGUGACGCAGCAGCCAUGGCUGCCUCCAACGCAUCUACCCCAUCACCAUCAGCGGACCUGCUGGGGAUUCGUUCUUCGGUUCCAGUUAGUACCGCUCCAGCCAGUGCUGGCAGUCUACUAGUGGAUGUUUUUUCAGAGGCGGGACCUGCUGCACCUUCUGGUGCAGUAAACGAUGAUGGCUUCCUCAGAGAUCUGGAACAGCCCACUGAAACCUCCGAUCCUCUUUUGGUGGAGGGUUCUGGUGACUCGGACUCUGCUCCUCCCUCUGAGGAUCCUGCUCCUCCUUUGUCUGAAGCAGAGGAGCUUCUUAACAAGUUUGUUUGCAAGAACAAUGGGGUUCUGUUUGAGAAUCAGCUUCUGCAGAUUGGCAUCAAGUCAGAAUACCGACAGAACCUAGGGAGAAUGUACUUGUUCUACGGUAACAAGACAUCAGUACAGUUUGCCAGCUUUACCACCACUGUCAACUGUCCCGGAGAGCUACAGUCUCAGCUCAACGUUCAGAGCAAACCAGUGGAACCAUUAGUGGAGGGUGGAGCCCAAAUCCAACAGGUCCUGAACAUCGAGUGCCUGACUGAUUUCUCUGAUGCCCCGCUUCUCAACAUCAAGUUCAGAUAUGGAGGAGCUCUGCAAAACCUGACUCUCAAACUGCCGGUCACAAUCAACAAGUUCUUCCAGCCAACUGAGAUGGCCUCACAAGACUUCUUCCAGCGCUGGAAACAGCUCAGCCAGCCUCAGCAAGAAGCACAAAAGAUAUUCAAGGCCAACCACGGCAUGGAUACUGAAGUAAUCAAAGCAAAGCUGCUGGGGUUAGGAAUGGCCUUACUGGACAAUGUUGACCCAAACCCUGAGAAUUAUGUUUGUGCUGGAGUGAUCCAAACCAAGAGCCAGCAGGUGGGGUGCCUGCUAAGACUGGAGCCAAACGCACAGGCACAGAUGUAUCGUCUGACUCUGCGCUCCAGCAAAGACUCCGUGUCCAUGCGUCUCUGCGAGCUGCUGGCCCAACAGUUCUAGAGUCCAGACCUUGACCAGUACUCCUACCAUCCCCACCAGCGACCUCUCCCUCCAGCCCUCCUGCCACACCUGUCCUCCUGCCUCCAACAAAGAGUCAUUGAGUAAAAAAAGAAAAAAAAGGUGUAACCUGCAUAAGGGAAAGUGCAGCUGCUGCCUGCAGCCGCAGCAAUAUUAUUGUCAUUAUUUGUGUCCCAGAUUCUGAUUCCAGUUCAUCUUUUACUUGUUUAUUAACACAAUGCUACAAUCUUGGUUUUGUUGGUUUACCCGUGUAGCUGGUGUGUGUGUGUGUGUGUGUGUGGAGGGGGGUGUGUGGGUGUGUCCUGUGGUUGUACUGGGGUUUCAUUUUGCUCAUCCUGACUUUAGUACUGACUGCUGUGGAAAAGAUUUUAUUAGUGCAACAUUCCUUGAAGAUAAAAGGGAGAAGCUACUAGUUGCACACCCACACACUACUAUCCCAACCCCACCCACAAGCGUGAUUCCCUGUGGUCAGACCUGCUGAGGGAACAUCAAGCAUUCCUGCUGAAAAUGCACUUCAUGUGUUCGGAUCCUAGACUUGAGUUUUUGACAUGCUCUCCCAUUCAUUCCUCUCAUCUAGCCCUGCUAGGAGUAAUCCUUCAUUUCUGUCAGCUUGUGCACUUGUUCUUGUUGUGUAUAUAAAUAUGUGCCAGUGAAUCACUUUAUUUUUUGAGACAUUCCCUUUGUGCUUGCUAAGAAUCCUGGUGGUUGGCUAAUCCAUGCUGUUCAGGUUGAUUAAUGGCGCAGAAUAGACAGAGAUGAGACCAGAGCAGAGACCAAACAGUCACAGGUUUCAGUCUGGCCUGUCCCAUCCACUGCUGUGGACUCGGCUCAGUGAACAGCUUGAAGAGGCAGAGAAGUUUAUCACUUGCAGAAAUGGCAAGUUGCCCGAUCUCAUCACUGCUGUCUUAUUUCUGUAGAACUCGAACUUUAUUUUGGAGAAAGAAAAUAAAUCUGGUUGUUUUUGCUUCUGAUCAACACAAGUGAGAUGUGUGCAGAUGAGGAACAAGUGGUUAGGUGAGGUUAGGUACACAGCUGCUUCUCCAAGCUCUCCAGUUUUACUCCUUGGCUUGUGGAUGUCACACCUUAAUGAAGAUGGUGUUGGUGUGGGUGGCUGCCCAAACAUUUAUAUGGAGAAUUUUUUUGGUUUUUAAAUGAAGCCCUUUAUAAGCAGUCCAGCAUAGAGAGGUGAGUCUCAUCUUCCAUACAUCCAUAUUUCUGCUUUUCAGCAAAUACUUAUCAGAUGGGUUUAUGCUGUUUAAUGGGAUGUUUAACCAACCACUACAAUAAAUCUUUGAAGUUUAGACUGCUUCAAUUAUCAUAUAGAGCUGCACAACUCUUCUCCGGGCUUCCUGCCACUUUCAAGCACUGAUGUUUUGGGAGGACAGGAUGUGAGACACCCAGAUGCCCUUUACAGCUACAGGGGACUCGGUAUAUAUAUGUGUGUGUGUGAAUGGUUGUAUGUGGCAGUAAACCGGUGAGGGGUGGGGGGGAAGCCUAAAGACAUUUCUAACACAUGGUCGCAUUACAUUUUGUGACUGCACAGCAGUCGCAGGAUAUUGAACUUUGUAGUGAAAGAUUUAGUCAUUUUGUGAGUGUGUGUAAGUGAGUUUGUGUGUGUGUGUUUAUGCAGUAUCCACUAGCUAAUGCAGCCUCAUGUAUCGGUGUUAAGAAGCUGCCCAAUACCUGUGUUAGACUUAAGAUUUACUCUGUAAUGAAAAAAAUGUGAAGUAAAACUAUGCCAUAUAUCUGA